AUGUCUUUUCUCUUCUUCUGUUUAAACAUGCGUGGUAGGGGUGGGGUGCACAGCACCCCUAAAAAAAAGAAAAACUCAAAAAAAAAUUAUCUCUUUUUUUUCUUUCUUUCAUGCAUUGUGUAUAUAUGGAGGCUCGCAGCACCUCUUACAAAAAAAUUAUCUCUCUCUUCUUUUUUUCAUGGUCUGGCCUGCUUGGUCACCUUUCUCUUCUCCCCAAUGGGAGGAUUUUGUCUCUCGUUGAUGGAUGCCGGCUCUGGAUUCAUCUUUCCUGCUGAAUCCAACUGGGUUUCUUUUCCAUCUUGGUUCGACCUGUUUGAAAGAACACCGUACGACUCUCCCUCUUCGAGCCGCCGCGAACUCGCCAGAACACCAUCAACCGAUUUAUCCCUAUAUCUCUUCAGCUUCCACACAAUCAUUACUAUGACAGCAAUAGUCAUCAGGGUACCUAACGAUACCGACCAGUGCGCACGGCGCUCUCGUCCCAAAGGUCGUGUCCCGCCGAUACUACCGCCGGACACGCACGGGCCCUUGUGCGACCCAACGACAGCACCAGCAAGUAAUUUCGACCCCGGUGACGCGCCAUCCGCGCCCCUAUCCCCCUCAACCAAACCCUUCUUGCUAGCCAUGGCAUGGGUCUUCAUAGAACCGGCAUUGUCGCGCGCUAACUUUUCCAAGACUGGAGUUCGCCGCCUCGCCCAGUCUCUACUCCCUUCUCCCGUAGUCGUUUUUGGAGUUGGGAAAGGGCCUCGUGACGCCGAUUGGCCGAGCCAGCGGCAUUUUGAGGUUCUUUCGGGGAUGGUGGUGCUCGAACCACCUCGUCUGGCGCAUCGUUGCGGAUUUCUAUCUGUUGUUCACUUCCCUCUCUCUCGUCCUCUUCGGAGUCUUCGUCCAACCGUACGGUCAGAAACCCUGACCAAAUGUCUCUUGGUUCUAUUUUCACGUUUUCUUGUGGUUUUUUUCUGGGUCUAUCCUGGUCACGGCACCAGCUAUGACGCUUGGCCCCGGGCCGGCUCAACUCCCGAGUAUCUUUGGAACAAGGCGCUAAGUCGGAGGUUUUCUACUUUCAGACGACAGGUCACAUGGGAACAGGAUUGGUCUUGUCUGUCAGCGUUCAGCUGCCUGCGUGUCCCUUCAGUCUGCGACUCCGAGCGUGUGUGUGUGAGUGUCGAACUCUCCUCGGCUUCUCAUUUUAUGGGGCCCAGUAAAAGGGCUGGGGUGGGCAUGGUGUCUCUCUGGAUCGCCAGCAUACCCCAACGACCAAUCAGAAGGCUUCCUACAACCAUCCUUUUUCCCCAGAACUCUGUUGGCGCUCCGCCUCUCUGA